AUGACCAAGGAGAUGCAUUACUUGAUGAGUUUGGCCAUGAUUUCAUUGUGUUUACUUAUUUUGCUGUCAACAGCAUUAGGUGGUACCUCAAAAGUUCACAUUAUCUCUCAAAGUGGACUGAAGUACAUUCAAUAUGGGAAAACUAUCAGUCUGAAUUGCUCUUUUUUAUCCCCUGAUGAAUCAACAACUACAUGGUUCAGACACACUCCAGGAGAAAAGCCCCUACUCAUCGCUUCUGCUUACCAUUAUAUACCUGCUGUAUAUUAUAAUGGCUUUGACAAGAUCGGUCGCUUUAAAGUAUUAAAAGAAAAAAGCAGUUUUACUCUGAGUAUCUCAAAUGCAGAACCAUCUGAUUCAGCUACAUAUUACUGCUCUGUUGCAUAUUAUACAGAUACUGCAUUAGCAGACUGGACAGUUUUAGUCCUCAAAGGUUCAUCUUCAAGUGUCUCUGCUGUUCUCCAGCCUCCUGUAUCAGAUCCUGUUGAACUGGGAGGAGAUACAACUUUGCAGUGUUCAGUACUCACAGAUGCGUCUGCAGGAGAACACAGUGUGUACUGGUUCAGACAUGGAUCAGGAGAAUCUCAUCCAGGAAUCAUUUACACUCAUGGAAACAGGAGUGAUGAGUGUAAGAAAAGCUCUGAGACUGAUUCUCCUACACAGAGCUGUGUCUAUAAACUCCCCAAGAGAAACCUCAGCCUCUCUGAUGCUGGAACUUACUACUGUGCUGUGCUCAUGUGUGGAGAGAUCAUCUUUGGGAACGGAACUAAACUGGACUUUGUAGGUAAGAGCAGAUAUUUAAGUAACAUCAAACCCUAAUAAGGAACCAUUUGAUGUUGUCAGAACAUCUGCCUUACAAUAAAAUUACAAAACUACUUGAU